UUAAGUCUCCUCCCAUUCCUUCAAUACCUGCAGUGUAAAAAAAGGAAGAAACCAAAACAGUUCGCGUAAUGCUCCCACGGACUUUAAGAAUUUCCUUUUUUGGAAAUAACGCUUUGUUUUCGGUAAGUGGGAUCAGUGUUUUUUGUGGAUCAUGUGGUUUUGUAGUUAAAUAAUUGACUCAAACUUUUAGAAAGAAUGGGUAGACAGAUUCUCUCCUUCACCUUGGCCUUCAUUGGUUUCCUGGGCACCAUCCUCAUCUGUGCCCUGCCCAUGUGGAAGGUGACUGCCUUUAUUGGGGCCAACAUUAUCACAGCCCAGGUCUUUUGGGAAGGUUUAUGGAUGAAUUGUGUCCUGCAGAGUACAGGCCACUUGCAAUGCAAGGUCUACGACUCCAUGCUAGCCUUGCCCCAGGACUUGCAGGCUUCCAGAGCUCUCAUCUGUGUCUCCAUUGCUGUCGGCAUGGUUGCAAUCGGUCUGACUGUAGUCGGGGCCAACUGCACCAACUUCCUGAGUUAUGACUCGCCACGGAAGUCCAAGAUUGGCAUUGCGGCAGGUGUGGUGUUCAUAGCAGCUGGGGUCCUGUGUGAAAUUCCUGUCUGCUGGUCGGCCCAUUCCAUAAUCACUGGAUUCUACAACCCCCUUGUCACCGAUGGGCGCAAAGGGGAGCUAGGGGCCUCCAUCUAUGUUGGAUGGGUGUCUGGAGCUCUGCUCAUCAUCGGAGGGGGGAUGCUGUGCAGCUCAUUUCCCUGCUAAGACGCAGGGAAUCGCUGAAGGACCAUGGGGACUUUAGAUGAACACUGGAUUAGCAGAUGCCUGUGGUUGUCUGCUGUGCACACUCAGCCCUCUGUCUGUGUGGCACCAUGACAGGCCAUCAACGUAAACAAUUAUCUUGAUUAAACAGCACGUCAUGGGGGGUCUGAAAGAUUUACAAAGAACUGGGAUGAGAUUUUAAUGAAAUGUAUAAUACUUGUGCGAAAUGUACAUAUUUGAUCAAUUGACUCUCUAUCGAAAUAAUGUCAGAGUAACCCACUGAAAUAUGUGUGAUUUAAGCAUGCUGCAUUUCCUUACUGUGACUUCUUUGUUGCAUCCUCAGGAGGGAGAUGGGCUCAGCCCUCCACAUAGCGUGGACCUCCUCACAGGACAAUAUUUAUUUUUAAUAAAUAAACCUGCAUAAACUAUCAUGUAAGUUAGCUAUUUGUAUUGAUAUAUGAGAUGAUUUUGAUGACAAACUGAUCCAGUACAUAUGUAUACAGUUAAUGUAUACAAAUUGAUUUUUGAAGAUAUGACAAUGUAUAGCAGAAGUUUUACUGUAUAGUGAUGUAGCCAAUAACUUAUGAUUUUGUCAAAAGUAAAAUCAUAAGACACUAUACAAUAGUUUGAAAUACAGUGUUUGAUUAAUAUGUUUCUGAUUAAACUGAAACUUACUAGUCUUCAUUGAC